AAUUAAGAUUCGCCAGAGAAAUUGCAAAUGCGAUUUCAUGGUUACAUGAUGAUAAGGAGAUCAUACACGGAGAUCUUCAUCCCAAUAAUAUCUUAAUAAAUGAUGGUAAAAUAAAGGUAGCAGAUUUUGGCCGCUCAUGUCAAAAAAAAGAAUCAGUUAGUCAUAUUAAAGCAUAUGGUGUAAUACCCUAUAUGGAUCCCAAAUUUUUUGAGCAGAACCUAAGUUCACCUGAAAUUCAAAAUUAUGGUUUGACCGAAAAAUCAGAUAUAUAUAGUUUAGGGGUAUUAUUUUGGGAAUUAACAAGUCGUUCAUCACCUUUCAAUUUCGAAAAAAGAUUUGAACGUGAUUCUAUUAAAUUGAUGAUUCUUAAUCGUGUAAGAGAAAAUCCUAUUCCAAAAACAAAUGAUAAAUUCAUUUCACUUUAUAAAAAAUGUUGGCAACAUGAACCAGACGAAAGACCACCUAUUUGUCAAGUAAUUGAAGAACUUGAUAGCAUUGAUCCUAUAAUCAACAAUAUAUCAACUGAUUCUAACAAAAGUAAAAUAACACAAGAUAAAGAUUCUGACUUGAACAUUACGACAUAUAGUAGAUAGAUUAUUCCAUUUUAUAUUAUUUUCUUUUUUUUUUCAUUUACGAAUACAA